AUGUUUGCUUCCACUGAUUUGGUUUGCUUCUCAGCAGGUAUGCUUAUUUCAAUUAGCCUUCUACCGUUUCCAUUGUGUUACAGUUACUGCAGCAUCGUCAUUCUGCAGUUGCAAAGAAUUUCAAUUCCUGAUAUGUUCAUAACAUACGGAUACGACGGGGUACAGCAAACGAAGAGAAUAGAAGGGAAAGAUGCUAGAUGUUAUCUUAUUUGUUGCGGUAUGGAUAACGCUGCUCAUUGGGAUCCCUUAAAUCCAUGGAAUUCGCGGGAGGAGGCGAUCAAUGGAUCAAUCUCCCGAGAUUCGAUCAGAGGAUAG